UUGCAGCUAUACACAUCGACGGCCAUUUUCGUGUUUUUCCGUGUUUUCGCUCUUAGUUUAAUCGUUUAUUUAAAUGUUUUAAUGAGUUUUGGUUUUGCGUUUUCCUUUUCGCCAGUGCCGCCGCGCCAGCUAAUUGCAUUAAAAUAAAACCAACAAGUUUCUUGUAGUGGCUGUAAAUUAUUAUUGUGUCGUUGUCGCUGACACUCAGAUGCUGAAGCAGCAACAGCAGCAGCAACAGCAACAGCAGCAGCGACAAUAACACCAGUAAUCAGCACAACUAUCGGUGGCGACAAUGGCAGACAUCAGACAUGGCAAUGCAAGGCGUCAGUGAUUAAAACCAGUCGGAGAGAGGCCAGCAGCCAAGCAGCCAAGCAGCCAGGCCAGGCCAGUUUGGAGUGCCGUGCCAGCAGUCAGCCAGCAGCCCAGCCGCCCAGCCGCAGUGGCACCACCAAUAGCAAUAGCAAACCAGCAGCAAACCCAGAGAGCUGCUGAAUCAUCAGAACUUGGAGGAGUAAUUGUUUUCCAUCUGCAAAAAAACGACAGACAAAAUGAGCUCAACGGGGAGCCCAAUAAGCCGCAGGCAGAUCGGAUUGAUAUAUUUACCUAUAAACCUGCUGCUGAAUAUGAUGAUGAUCUGCACCUUGCUGCCACUCAUCGCGAACGCUUGGAUGCCCGAUGUGCGACCUGAUUUGCAAACAAAACCCGACAAAGUUUUGGCCCAUUUUACUGGCAACACAACGGACUAUUUUAAGAUUUUGGACCACAACGAUGAAAGUGUGCUAGUUGGUGCCAAGGACGUCAUCUACAAUGUGAGCCUGCACGGCCUGCGGGAGAUUGGGCGCUUGGAGUGGAGCAGCUCGGACGCUGACCAGCAGCUGUGCACGCUGAAGGGGAAGAAGGAUCGGGAUUGCCACAACUACCUGCGCGUGUUUGCACGUAGGGCCAAUGGCGAGGUGCUCAUCUGUGGCACCAAUUCGUACAAGCCCCGCUGUCGUCAUUACACGCCGAUGGAAGCGUCAGCCGAGGAUGGCGGACACGCCCAAGCCCACGCCAUGCGCUACGAAGUUAGCCGCGAUGUGGAGGCCCAGGGCCUGUGCCCCUACAGUCCCGCCCACAAUAGCACCUACGCCUUUGCCGAUGGUCAGUUGUACAGUGCCACCGUGGCGGACUUCUCUGGCGGCGAUCCCCUCAUCUACAGGGAGAGCCUGCGCACCGAACAAUAUGAUCUCAAGCAGCUCAACCAGCCGGACUUUGUCGGUGCCAUCGAGAAGAACGGCUACGUUCUGUUCUUCUUCCGCGAGCUGUCAAUGGAGUUUAUGAACUUUGGCAAGGCCGUCUACUCCCGGGUGGCCAGAGUCUGCAAAAACGAUCGAGGCGGACCCUACAACCACGGCAAGAGCUGGACUUCCUUCCUAAAGGCACGCCUCAACUGCUCAGUGCCCGGGGAGUUCCCUUUCUACUUUGACGAAAUCCAGGCCAUUAGUCCGGUGGUUGAGAGUGGAAGCAAGUCGCUGGUCUAUGCCGUCUUUACCACCUCGGUGAAUGCCAUUCCCGGCUCGGCCGUCUGCGCGUUCAACCUAGAUGACAUCCUGGCCGCCUUCGAUGGUGACUUCAAGUCCCAAAAGGAUUCACAAUCCCAUUGGCUGCCGGUGGAGCGAGAGCAGGUACCCAAGCCUCGACCUGGACAAUGUGUAGAGGACUCCCGCACCCAGAGCAGCAUCGCGGUGAACUUUAUCAAGACCCAUCCGCUGAUGGAGGACUCUGUGGCCGCAGCCCACGGACGUCCGCUGAUGACCAAGGUCAAUCUGCAUCAUCGGCUCACCGCUAUUGCAGUGGACCCGCAGAUCAAGUCGCUGAGCGGCACCCACUACGAUGUGAUUUACAGUGGUACCGACGACGGCAAGGUGACCAAGUUUAUAAACAUUGUGACCACGCACCAGAACUCGACGGUGGAUCGCCUGAAGACAGUGGUUAUCUCGGAAAUGCAAGUGCUGCCGCUGGGAACACCGGUCAGGGAAUUGGUGAUCUCCUCCAAGAAGAAUACCCUGGUGGUGGUCAGUGAUGGCAGCCUUGUCAGUGUGCCCCUUCACCACUGUACACUGAUUGUGGACUGCCUGGGAUGUCUAAGCCUGCAGGAUCCGAUCUGCGCCUGGGAUUUGCAGACGCACGAGUGCAAAAAUCUGGCCACCAGUCAGCACAAGUUCGGAACCAAGACCUACCUGCAGAGCCUGAACACCACAAAGAAGGCUGCGGCAUCGCUGUGCCCACACAUUCCGCGUGAUGGACAGGGAGGCGGCGAAACCGUGAGCUUUGUUACCAUGGCCCCAACGCCGACUGAGGAGCAGAAGCUCUUGUACUCCAACGUGGGAGCUUCGUCGUCAGGCAGCCAGCCCAGCUUGGAGCAGCAGCCAACGGGGGGCGAUGACUUUGGCCUUAACAAGAUCACGCUUACGUCCAUGGAUCCCGAUGACAUUAUGCCCAAUCUUAAUGAUCCCCAGAAAUCAACAGCCAGUGUGGAUGAAAUCCGACAAGCUUCCAGUCUCAGCUUCAUGGUCCUCACAGUCAUCGUUUUCUUUACCUUCCUGGUGGGCGGCACUGUGGGCGUAAUGUGUGUCAAGGCCAGGAACUGUCUGAUGGAGGCUCAAAUGGACGAAAGUCAUCGCAAUCAUUUUGGCAAGCCAAUACAAUUUAAGCACCAGAACACUGGCAAGGAUAUCAAUCUGCUGAUGGGGUCCAAUCCCUACACCACAACACAGAAAACACCCAAUCUGGAUCUGGAAAAGGAUCGCAGUCACGAGUGCAAGAACUCAACGGAACAUUUGGAAAAGGAGCUGCCCUGCAAGACGUCCACGCUGACGAAAGUAAAGCGCACGUACAUCUAGUGGGCAGGGGCAGCGCCACACCCUGCAAAAUUAGUCGAAUUUCUAUAUACUCUAAAAACAUAUUUUCGUUGUUUAUGUUGCUGUUAGUUAUAGUACAACACCCCCACCCGAUCCCGCGAAUGAAGUAGACAACAGUGUGUUGCAGAUGCGUUUGAAACGCAGCUGAGGAGGAGAAGAUCGCCUGUUGCACCUUUUUUUUACGUUAGCUUGUAUUGUAAUUUUAGUUUGAUGUAAAAUUUGUAUAAGUUUCGUUUAAAUUUAGUUAAAUUUAUUGACAACACAGUGCGCGGGCAUCUAAGCAUUCCGCGUUCCGAAUUGGAAUCGAAUAUGUCGCCUCCCUUCCCCCUUAUAUAUAUACAUAUAUGUGUAUUCAGUAAGCGCAAAUAUUAGAGCUGUACAAAUUUACACAUAUCACAUAUCAUACACACCGAGUUAUCGAACCCGAAUCCGAACAGCUCUCGAAAUUCAAUCGAAUAAUUGAACAAGUAUUUUGUUAGACUGAAUGACUACUUUUUUCUACACACGAGUUUGUUUUUUGGCCGAGAGAACUAACAGAAUGCGAACGGUCUUAAAAGGCCCCAAGCUAACAAAAGCGUAAAAUUGUAUCUAACAUAGUAAGCUCAAUAAGGAAUUGAAUUUAGAAUGUAAUUAAUAGUACGAACUAGACUAAGGAACGAACAAAACUUCUAUGAGGCUGUUUCGAUAUGAACUGACACCGCAGCCCAACAACGCACAAUACGGAAAUAAACAAGAAUAAGAUUUAUAUACAAAAAUCCAUAAAAAAAAAAA